AAUCCUCAAGCUGCCAAGACUUGGAAAGGUUAACAAAGAAUAAUUCUAGCUUAUGACCAACUCUUUAAGGCAAAUUUGAAAGCCCUUGUACCCUUCAUUAGUAGGUUUAAUUCCUUCAACCUAAUAAAUUUAUUGAUCAUCGAUCAAUCAAGCACCAAAUUAAGACUUUGUUGUGAAAUAAAAUGGAAAGCAAGCAUGCACAUAAUCGGACUUAUGAGGAUUUUGAUCCUAUUUAUAAGUGGCGUAGAGAACAAGGCAGUGACACCGUUGAACUUCAUCUUCCAGGUUUUAAGAGAGAGCAAAUACGAAUUCAGAUAAACCAUCUUGGUUUUUUGGUGAUAAGUGGAGAACGUCCAUGUGAUGGAACAAAAUGGAAACGUUUCAAGAAAGAAUUUGAACUUCCAAAAUAUUGCAAUGAAGAUGCUAUUCGUGGCAAUUUCAUGCAAAACAUUCUUUCAGUUGUAAUGCCAAAAAAAGUUGAUUUAAUACCUCAAGAGGAGCUAGUAGAAGAACAAAUGCCAGAACUUGAAGAUGUUGAUGAUUAUAAAUAUCAAGAGAAAAAGACAUUUCAGAGUUUGAAAUUUGGAGGAAGAAACAUAGAAGAAGAGAUAUUGUCAAAAAAUCAUGAGUUUGGAGAAAAUGAUGUAGAAACUACUAGAGAGGUUGCUCUUAAAUUUAUGGUUGUGAUUAUUGUUGUGUUGGUUAUUGUAAAUUAUCUUGUGGAUAUGAGUAAAAGUGUCAUGGCUCAAGGUCAAUCAUAUUUUCAAAAUUAGAUGACACUAUAUUAUGGUUUAAUUUGAUGUGGUUGUGUAAAGUUUAAUGUUGUGAAAAAAGUGACAAUUAUAUCAUAUCAUGUUCUUAUAAUGUUGUACAUGCAUGUACAUGUCUUUGGAAUAACUUGUUUAAUUUAAUUUUGAAACUUGUAU